GAAAGUAUUUCAGAAAUGUAUUAAGGUAGGCCGGGUAACGGCAUUAUUACUUUACUCUCUCUUGUAUUUAAUAUUAUUAUUAGAAUGUAAUGUCGAGACAUUAUGGAAUAGUUUAAAUAUAUACUAGUCCAUCGUGUUUUUGUUGUUGGAGUCAUCAAUUCGUGACGAUCACGAGACGCUUGUCUCAGUUGUGAAGUUUUAUUUUGGUGCUUGCGAACAUUUCCUGGCACUUUUACUGGUAACAUACAGCACCUACCUCGGAUGUUUAUUUAUUAGUUUUAUUCUAUAUAUACGCUUUGCUAUUUGGACCGCCAAAAUUAAUUUUAUUAGUAUUGGUGCUGAAUCUAAUCUCGUGUUAAUGCCUAAACUGCUAUUUAUAUAGCAUAGACUUAACGCAGUGAGGGAAGGACUGAAGCUUUGCAAUGGAUAACCAAAGCAAUGGACCGUUUAACCUAGCAGUUUCCACACGCCGAUUCUCUCUGCCUCUUCCCCGUCAACAGUCAAAGAAGACCUGUGAGAAAACUUCAGGUGGACAGGUGUGCCUGGCCUCCCCUCCAAAGUCGAGAGAAACCUUGAUUAGGAAGCCGCUUUGUGAUAAAGGAAAUAUUCUGGCUCAGACCUCUGUGCCUCAGCUAACAAAACCUGAGAAGUGGUUAAAACAGCAAGACCCUUUAAAGCAAGUGCUAGUUCUUGGAACCGAAAGAAAGCUAAACAUGAGUGCGUUUUACCUGGCAGUAAAAGACACCAUGGACACUGAUGCCCCUUUAAAACAGAGGCCUGUUUGUGAGGAUGAGCAAUUUAACUUAAAUGAGUGCAAAGGUUUCAAUGUUGGAGGAAAACCAUCCACAGUGAAAGAGUGUUCAUUCAAUGCAGAAUCUCAUAAUUUAACUUUUAAUAUGUCUGAAGAAUGUGCCAAAGAAUUAGAAGUACAUUUAAAUGAAGAAGCUGCCUCCGGGGCCUCUGUUCAAAUGAAAGAAGUUGUUUGUGAAGGUAAUGAGGAUAUUGCAGUAGACUCUGGCAAUGCAUAUGUACAGCGUAGUACACCCUUUUUUAAUGGGAUUGACCUUGAUAAGACAUUUGAAGUAGCUUCUAAAUCUGCAAACAAACUGAGUGAAAGUAAUUCAGCUACUUUAAAGCAGACUCCAGAGGGCAUGCUUUUGUUUCGAUAUUUUUGCACUCCAGUACCUGCCAAAGUUGGUAAACGAUGCCUUAGCCCACUCCUGGAGGAGUCAGUUGGUUCUGCUUCCAAGGAGGAUGUCUCUGUGGAGAUCCUUCCAGCUUUGAUGCCUACUCCAAGAGGUCAUGAGGGGAAAGUGAGAUUGGGUAAAGGUGUUCAAGAAAGUAGUCUCCUUUACCAUAGCUUUUUUGCAGAGGAGUGUGCUGCAGUAGUAACGAAAGUAGGUCAACGAUGUGCAAAUUUACUAACCAAAGAAAAUUCAAGUCAUGGUGAAAAAGUUAUUGAAGAGUUUUGUCCAAUUGAAGCAGAGACUAUACCUUAUGACAGUAUGCUAAUGAAGAGUUUCUUAGAACCGACACAUGCACAUUUUGAAAUGUCAAACCGCUGUGCUGCCAGCAACUUUAAUCAGAAUGUACCUUGUGCACAAAUUGAAAAUCCUUUAGAGGGUGAACAUAAUGAAGUAAAUCAAGAAAUCAACUGUACUCUGGAUCUGUUAAAUUCAUCACUCCCUGGCAAGUCCUCCGAUACUUAUUCCCUGGGGGUAAUUUCAGAACAUUCACCAGAGGGAACAUUUGAUAUGUCACAGAAUAAACUAAGCCAGAAUACUUUUGUUCUUCAGGAAGUCCAGACAAACUUGGAAAAAAUAGAGACUGAGAACAUGGAGGCUGUGUUUAAAAAUUGCCUCCAGAUUUCUCAGAGCCUUCCUGGAAAGGAUAGCUCUGAAGUCAAAAAUGUAAAUCGUACAAUAGAUCUUAAAGAUCCUGAUGAUGUCCAGGUAAAUACUACAAUUGAUUUAAAAAGUUCUCCCCAUGAACUGGACCUUGCAGUGAAAAAUAUUAAUGCCACCAUUGACUUGACAAGCUGCAGCCUGGAGUUGAAAAAUUGCACCGUGGAGCUGCCUCAUAUUAGCACGGAUCUGAAAAAUAUUACUGUAGAUUUAUCACAAAAGACUGCUAAAUGUGAUAAGGAACAGGUUCAAAACGAAAAGUCUGAAACCAAACUAAAUCCAACACAAAUGCCUGAAAGUGAUGAGCCCAGUUUGCAGCUAACAAAUGUUAAAGGGGAACCCUCAAAAAGUAAUUUCUUUAUUAGUCCCUUGAAAACUCAGGAGAUAGAAACCUGUGUGCAGUGGCCGGGCGAUGAAAGUCUGGUUAUGCCACAGGCUUGUCUUUGUGCUUCAACUCCACUGCCAGUGGUAAACUUUUCAAAAAAACUUGUUGGGCCAUCCCAAGAAGAAUCUCAUGCUGUUACUGCCUUCAGUUUUGUGGCUGAAAGCAAUGCAGAAACAAAACCCCAAGAGAGUAGCCAACUGGUAAAGUCAUCUUGUAAAAAAAAUCUGUCCCAGAAGUACAAUAGAGGGCUUCGUCCUCCUUCAUCUAGUCGCCUCAGCCUUGGUGCCUGCCCAUCAAAUAUUGUGGGAAAACAGCUUUCAUUUCUUCCCUCUUCAUCUGGACUUCCCAAAACAAGCAGGAUAUCUGUAGUUCACCCAUCUGCUACGGUAGAACGACCAAAACUUUUAGGCCUGCCAAAACUCCCUUUUUCACGUUUCUCUUCAAGAAAUUCACCUAUUGGUUCAACUUCCAAAUCACAUCACCCCAGUAGUAGUUCUGGAAACCUGAGUUCAUCAAAGAUGACUUUAAAAAAAACACCAACUGUUUCUUGUACUAAUAUCACAAAAGAGUUGGACAAGGCAUCUUCUUCAAAGAUGAUUUGUAGUUCGUCAAAACUAACCUCUGCUGCUAGCAAAUGCCCCUCAUCAGCAGGACUCAAGACAUUGGAGACUGUCAAACCAAGUUUAUCAAAGUUAAAGCUUCCUAGUUCCUCUGUCCCGGGACCUGUAGCUUCCUCCAAUCUUAAGUCAAAAACAAGUGGAAUUCCUGGUUUGAACUCAAAACUCCACAAUGCAGUGGCUAGAGCUGUUCCUUCAGCUACUGGCAUUACUCAUGAUGGCCUUGAUUCUGAAUCUUGUACAAGUCAACUUCAAGGAAGGAGACAGUCUGGAAAAUUUAGAGGUUCUGAUGAAAGUUGUUUCCCUACUCCAAAAAGGCAUAAAUCUGGCAAUUCUGUGCCAAAAGCCACAGAGAGUGCUUUGAAACCUCCAGGCUCCACGAUGUCUACAAGGCAACUUCCACGACCUUCUCUGAGACAAAGUUUAAAGCCGAGGACCCUUCAGAAAGUUUCCCAGGUUCCUACUGUGACAAAGUUAAAAUCGGCCCCUUUUGACAGGACACCCUUGAUCCAGAAAAAUGAAACUCUGAAUUCUACUAACCCAGUGGCUAAGGAAAAUAAGGUAGCCUCAAGAACUAAAGAUAAGUUAGAAGUCUCCUCUAUUACUAAUACUCAGUUGGACAAGCCAGCCUCUUUGGUGAAGACAAAUGUUGAUGCAUCAUCACCUAGCUGCAACAAAGGAGCUGCCUGUAAAGAGAAUAAUGCUUGUCUGGAGUGUGAACGGUACCGGAGCCAAAUUUUGAGUCUCAAUGAGAGAGUUAAAGAUUUGGAGGAGAUGCUGAGAGCAGCAACACUUGGCACCUGAAUGAUUUGUCUCUUCCACCACAUAAAUUGUUUGAGUUUUACGUUUCCCCCACAAUAAGUAUUUUUCAUUGUGUUGCUUUUUUGGACUUAAUGUAUUCAGAUUUUAUUUUCAAAAUGAAUUAACCUAAUGGCCUCUAGGUAAAUUUAAUUUAAGGUUGGUUUUAAGGUUUUAUGUUGAAUUGGUUGUCAAAAUAAAGAACAGCAAACACUUAUGUGAUGAUUGUUUUUUUAUCCUAAUAUAGCACAAUGAUUCAAUUUGUUGCCUAUGCUUUCCUUAUUCCUACAAUAUGAGUAUUGGAAGCAGGAGCCUUGUGAGUGUCACUUUCUUUUUACUUUACUCAGUAUUUGUCGACUGGAAAAUUUUUUAUUCAGUACUUUUUGACCAUUUAUAAAUGCAUUUUGAUUUUGUUUCUGUAUAGUGCUAUCAACUCCUUACAAUCACUUUGUAUAUAGCAACAGGUUUGGUUUGUACUUGCAAAAAUACUCUGGAUUGUGGAGUUUUAAUAGUUCUAUCCAUGUUUGCUUAAUGCAUUGUGCUGUUAAACAGAAUUUUAUUUCUGUGAUGGCAAAUAAAACCAUUACUGAA